AAUCCAACGGCUUGUGAGAACACGUGCUCUGAUGCUCAGCAGUCUUUUCGAUGUUUUAUGCGAUGUUUAGCACAGCUGUCAAACUACCCAACAAAUGUCAAAUUAUGUAAACAUGACAUAACUUUGGGAAAUUUAUUGUUUGGAUGUGUUUUGAAAGUUGUGCAAAAGUUUUCGGUCUGGCCUGUAGUGUAGAUAAAUGAAUAGAAAAUGGUUACUGUCAGUAAAUGCAUUUCCUAAAAUGUUACCUUCGCGGCAUCCUCUAAACUGUUGGCUCGGUCGAGCAAUUUUGCUGCGAUGUUUCGAAUCACAGAGUCGAUGGAUCAGCUGUUCCGUGACGCACCGUCGAAGUCACUACGAUUCGCUUGGUGUGACAUCGAACGCAACCCAGAACGAUAUUAAGCAGGCGUACUAUAAACUGUCUAAACUGUACCAUCCGGACAAAAACAAGGGAAGCGAAACGGCGGCAGAAAAGUUCCGGGAUAUUACGGCAGCGUACGAGAUCCUAGGGAACUACCGUUUGAGGAAACUGUACGAUAAGGGUAUUCUGCAUACGGCCGGCCGACAGUUUGCGAGCGAAGCAGCGACUGAGGCGGCAGAGCACACUGAAGACGACGCUCAGACGCGGUUCUAUAAGAAACGCAUGACCCGGACGCAUGCUCCGACGGCAACGGGACGAACACCGAUCUACGAUUUCGACGAGUGGGCCCGCAGUCAUUACGGGUCUAGGUUUGAUCAAAAGAUGAAGGCGGAGGAGCGGUUCAGGAAGAAGGCUGAACGAGAAGAGAUUUUCAAAACCCGCUUGCAGCAUGAGUACAUCAUAUUUCCGCUGUUAUUUUUUUGUAUACUGUACUGUGUGAUAGUGUUCCAUGAGGGUACUUACGAUACUCCCAAACCAGUAACGAAAGAUGAGCCUUGAAAAGGCCAAAGGGUAUAGUUUGUGUUAAACUGGAGUCAUCGUAUUAUUUAUCUGUAAAUAUUUUAGACCAAUAACAAUAUACAGAAGGCUCCCGUGCUUCGCGAGUCAAAAAACACCAA